AUUUUCAAUUUCUUUUUUUGUCUUUUUCUUAUUUUUACAGUUGAUUUUUUUUCGUUACUCGGAUUGAAUUUUUCUUGAUGUUAUAUGCUGUUGAUAUGUUUUAUGAUUUGGAAUAAUGGGUUGUUUUUAGAUUCUGUUAAAGCUUCAAUUUUUGUGCUGUUUUCUGGAUAUGAAGGUUUUCUACUAUUCUGAGGAAUGGCAGUUUGACACUUGUCAGCUGUUGAUUAGUUUCCAGCUCCAAAAUUGUUUUCUUUCCUUUUAUUUUUUUUGGAUCUGGGCUUUCCAAAAAUAUUUUCAGCUUAUCCCUUAUUAGCCGCAUAAUUUGGAUGCAUUUGCAGGACAAUUUGUUUGGUUUUGUGUACGAUUGUAUGUUUCGUACUAGUUUUUAGAGACCCUUAAAAUUUAUAGAUUUAACAUAAAAGUGUUCUUCUUUAUUGGUUCCCAUAUUUUCUAAUCUGUUACUUCCUCAUUUUAUUUUAUUUUUUUGUUUUUUUAUGUUUUCAAUGUUGUGAUGGAUAGUUAUGAAUAUAUUGCUAGUUAGAUAUCUAUGGUUUAAUGGAAUUGGAAUUAACAAGUAUGCCAUUAACUGGAAAAUAGUGAGAAUAUUAUGCAUGGUUGACUUACGCUUUGCUAGCUUUGGUGAACAUUUAUUCGAUCCAAGUUAUAAAAGGGAAAGUGAAUGACAUAAUCAUCUCAUCUACUUCAGUUGAUGGAUUUAUAGGGCAACUUGAAUUGAGGUCAUCUUUGUUUGGUGCUGUUGAAAACAAGAAAUGGGAUCUCAUCUGAAUUUCAAGAACUUUGUUGAUGCUCCAAGUAUGGAAGGAAACUGGUCAGAGCCACCUGGCAAUUUUCCAUUGGCUAGGCAGUCAUCCAUAUAUUCAUUGACCUUUGAUGAGCUGCAGAACACAUUUGGUGGACUUGGCAAGGACUUUGGAUCAAUGAACAUGGACGAACUCUUGAAAAACAUAUCAACUGCUGAAGAGACUCAGGCUAUGAUGACAGCUUCAGUUCCUGGAGGAGAAGAUGGUGUUUCUGGUGGCAAUUUGAAGAGGCAAGGAUCAUUAACAUUGCCACGGACUCUAAGUCAAAAAACGGUUGAUGAAGUAUGGAGAGACUUGAUGAAAGAAAAUGAUGGUGCUAAAGACGGAAGCAGUGGUGGAGGAGCAAAUUUGCCACAGAGGCAACAGACUUUCGGAGAGAUGACUUUGGAGGAGUUCUUGGUGAGGGCAGGUGUAGUAAGAGAAGGUAUGCAACAGAUUGGAGUGCCAAAUAAUAGUGGAUUCUUUGGUAACAACUCUGGUAUGGCUCUUGGGUUUCAACAGACAAAUGGAAACAAUGGUUUUUGGAGUAACAAUAACUCAGUUCUUAAUCAGCCUUCAAGGUCACCAUUAAACACGAGUGGAGUCAAAUCAUCACACCUGCAGCAGCAAAAACAACAACAACAACCACAGCAUCAGCUGCAGCAGCCACCAGAGCCACUCUUUCCCAAGCAACAAACAGUUGCAUUUGCUCCCUCUAUGCACUUAAUGAACACUACACAGCUUGCUAGUCCGGGAGCUAGGUCAGUGGUUGUAAUUGAUGACCCUUCCAUGAAUACUAAGCUAGUUCAGUCUACUGGGCUGCAGAGUGGUGGGAUGGGUAUAGUUGGUUUAGGAUCUCCUGCAAGCCAGAUAUCUUCAGAUGUGAUUUCAAAGAACAGCGUAGAUACCACUUCUUUGUCACCAGUUCCUUAUGUAUUUGGCCGGGGAAGAAAAUGCAGUGUCGCUUUGGAGAAAGUAGUUGAGAGAAGGCAAAAGAGAAUGAUUAAGAACAGAGAAUCAGCUGCAAGAUCACGAGCUCGCAAGCAGGCAUAUACAUUGGAACUUGAAGUUGAAGUUGCAAAACUUAAAGAAAUGAACCGAGAAUUGCAGAGGAAACAGGAUGAAAUGAUGGAAUUGAAGAAAAAUCAGGUUCUGUGAAAUAUCAAAUUACCUGUAGCUUGGUUUGCCACGUUGAUAGAUAUUUGAAGAUUUAGUAGCAGCUCCUCACAGGCAGGUGUGACUUCUGUUUAUGGCAUGGGAUAUACACAAAAAGUGAAGGAUACUUGCAGAAGAAAAGCACUAAGUAAUAUGAAGCGUUUAGGAUUUGGCUGAGCAUGUUUUUGUGAUGGUUUCUCCUUCCACUAGCUGUCAAAGUUGAGGGAUUACAACCUUAUGUUUAUAUCUUAAUGGCAUCUGGAAAAAUUGCCAUUCUUUCUGGUAUGACUCAAAAUUAGAUCUUCAAACUCCUGGGGUACUCAAAAACAAGGCCUUCUGCAACACUUCUAGCCCUUGCAUGGCCAAAAAACUUGCUCACAAGCCAAUGCGAAAUAUGAAACAGUAGCGAGUCCCCUUCUUGUGAUCAGUUUACCGUCAAUAACUACUUCGGGACCAUCUACUGCAUUGGUGAGUUCCCUUGUGGUAGAAGGAUGAGCAGUGGCUUUCUUUUCCUGUACUUGGCAGAGGUUAUCAGUGUUGCCAUAGGAUAGUUACUAUUUAAUAGGCAGGAAAAUGUUAAAUAAUUUGUCUUCUGAGUCUUGACCUUCAGCAGACCAUGUUUCUGCAGGACUGAGAGAAGAGCAAACUGCUCCACAUAUUCUUCCAGCCGCAUCUUGUUAUUCAAGCAACUUCUUGAGAAUCCUAGAUUUCUGUAGCCGUUCAGCACCAGCAACUCCUCCCUGCAAGUUAAAAAUAAACUAAACAUUUUCACCAUUCAAAGAUACAGGUUAGAAUAAAAAAUAAAAGAGUUAAUGUCAUAUUCGGUCACUGUACUUUUAAGAAAUUUAUUAUGUGAUACAUUUACUUCUAAAGUGUGUAAUGUGACACUAACACCAUUUCAAAUGUCAAUAAAAAAUUAUUUCUAUUUUUAAAAA